CCUCAGUCGUCCCCCCACUGCCCUCAUUGACACUCAUUCCAUUGAAGGCAAUUCCGCUACUUGACGUGGCAGUGGGCGCCGCCAUGUUGGUGACGUCACGCAGUGCGCUGCCCAGCAGCUGAGAGACUGACUGAGGGAACUAGCGGAUCGAGGAGUGAGAGGACAGGGGUGUCUUACCAUGGCCACCUUCCUGGAGUUUAUUCAGCAGAAUGAAGACCGAGAUGGGGUUCGCUUCAGCUGGAAUGUGUGGCCAUCAAGCCGCCUGGAAGCCACAAGGAUGGUGGUUCCUGUAGCUGCUCUCUUGACACCUUUAAAAGAGCGACCCGACUUACCCCCUAUACAGUAUGAACCUGUUCUUUGCAGCAGGACCACAUGCAGAGCAGUACUUAAUCCACUAUGCCAAGUGGAUUAUCGAGCAAAACUUUGGGCUUGCAACUUCUGUUACCAGCGAAAUCAGUUUCCCCCUACUUAUGCAGGCAUCUCAGAAAUGAAUCAACCUGCAGAGCUUCUGCCGCAGUUUUCCAGUAUUGAGUACGUAGUUCAGCGGGGACCUCAGAUGCCAUUGAUCUUUUUGUACGUUGUGGACACUUGCAUGGAAGAUGAGGAUCUUCAAGCUCUCAAAGAGUCCAUGCAGAUGUCCCUCAGUCUGCUGCCGCCUACUGCGCUGGUGGGGCUGAUAACGUUUGGACGGAUGGUUCACGUACAUGAACUGGGAUGUGAAGGCAUCUCUAAGAGCUAUGUUUUUAGAGGAAAUAAAGACCUUACUGGAAAGCAAAUCCAGGAAAUGUUAUCUCUGACAAAAGCUCCAGCUGCCCAACAAGGCCGUGGACCACAAGUUCAACAGCCUCCUCCAUCCAACAGGUUUUUACAACCCGUGCAGAAUAUCGACAUGAAUCUCACUGACCUUCUGGGAGAGCUUCAAAGGGAUCCAUGGCCAGUUCCUCAAGGCAAGAGGCCUCUCCGAUCAUCGGGAGCUGCCCUCUCCAUAGCAGUUGGACUUCUUGAGUGCACAUUCCCCAAUACUGGUGCAAGCAUAAUGAUGUUUAUCGGGGGUCCAGCCAGUCAGGGUCCGGGGAUGGUGGUUGGCGAUGAAUUAAAGACUCCUAUCCGUUCUUGGCAUGAUAUUGAAAAGGACAAUGCCAAGUAUGUCAAAAAGGCUACCAAACAUUAUGAAGCCCUUGCGCAUCGUGCUGCUGCCUCUGGCCAUGUAAUUGACAUCUAUGCCUGUGCAUUGGACCAGACUGGGCUCCUGGAAAUGAAAUGCUGUCCGAACAAUACAGGUGGUUACAUGGUGAUGGGUGAUGCCUUCAAUACAUCUCUCUUCAAACAGACCUUCCAAAGAGUUUUUACCAAAGAGACACAGGGCAAUUUCAAGAUGGCUUUUGGUGGUACCCUAGAAAUCAAGACAUCGAGAGAGUUAAAGAUAUCUGGUGCCAUUGGGCCGUGUGUAUCCCUGAAUGCCAAAGGUCCAUGUGUUUCUGAAAAUGAGAUCGGUACAGGUGGCACCUGCCAGUGGAAAAUCUGUGGGAUCAACCCUUGCACAACCCUGGCUGUUUACUUUGAGGUUGUCAAUCAGCACAAUGCUCCAAUCCCCCAGGGUGGCCGUGGAGCAAUCCAGUUUGUCACGCAGUAUCAGCACUCCAGCGGCCAGAGAAGGAUCCGUGUUACUACAAUCGCGAGAAACUGGGCUGAUGCUCAGACUCAGAUACAGAACAUUGCAGCUUCAUUUGAUCAAGAGGCAGCUGCUAUUCUUAUGGCCAGGCUUGCUGUGUACAGGGCAGAGACAGAGGAAGGUCCUGAUGUCUUACGAUGGCUGGACAGACAGCUCAUUCGAUUGUGUCAGAAGUUUGGAGAAUACCACAAGGAUGACCCUAUCUCUUUCAAAUUUUCGGAGACUUUCUCUCUCUACCCACAGUUUAUGUUCCAUUUGAGGAGAUCUCCAUUCCUGCAGGUGUUUAAUAACAGUCCAGAUGAGAGUUCCUACUACAGGCAUCAAUUCAUGCGGCAAGACCUCACCCAAUCCUUAAUAAUGGUUCAACCCAUCUUGUACGCCUACUCCUUUAACGGACCUCCAGAGCCUGUGUUGCUUGACAGUAGCAGCAUUCUUCCAGAUAGGAUUCUUCUCAUGGAUACUUUCUUCCAAAUCCUGAUCUAUCAUGGAGAGACAAUAGCACAGUGGAAGAAAGCAGGCUACCAAGACAUGCCAGAAUAUGAGAACUUCCGACAUCUGCUUCAGGCCCCUGUAGAUGAUGGUCAGGAGAUCCUUCAAACCCGUUUCCCGAUGCCACGUUACAUAGACACAGAACAUGGAGGAAGCCAAGCUCGCUUCCUGCUAUCUAAAGUCAACCCGUCCCAGACCCAUAACAACAUGUACGGUUGGGGGCAGGAAUCCGGAUCUCCCAUUCUCACAGACGAUGUCAGUCUGCAGGUUUUUAUGGAUCAUCUAAAGAAACUAGCAGUGUCCAGUGCUGCCUAAAUGCAACCCUUACUUUCCUGGAACAUCAUCCUAUUCCUGUACAGAAAAAUCCUUCCACCUUGGAGAUGUUAAUAGCCCUACUCACCUCUCACUACAUAAGGGCUUGUGGUACAGACUGCUCCUUCCCCCCAACUUACUUUAGUCCGUAGAUUUCGGUUUGUGUGCAUAUGCUGCCUUCGCUCUGCCGACAAUAGCUCUUUAGUAGAUGUAUGACAACAAUUCUGUAGGAGCAAAAAGAACAAAAUUCUUAUUUUGAGCCUACCAUAUCAAUGUCAAGCACUGACGAAUACAAGUGAAAUUUUUUAUUAGCUCUAAUAAUAAAUGUAAAAGCUUCAUUGUGUGCAAGUAUAGGUGUGAAACAGAACCAGACAGUCUAUAUACUCCCACCAUUUGCUGAAAUACUGUACUUUGACUUGUGCAAUAGUUAGUGGUGGAGAUCCCCCAUGCUGCCUAAGGGCAAGGGCACAUCUCCACCUGAGGAAUAUUAAUGAGCCGGAGUGAAGCAGAUCCACUGAAAUCUGAGCAUUUUCAAGCUGAUCUCUACUCCGCUUGGCUCCUUGUAGCUGCCCACAGGCGGAAACUGUUCUUUAAAGGGGACCCGUCCCCCUAAAAAAAUAUUCAAAAUCCUAUUUUAUCACAUUAGUCAAGCAAAAUUAACUUUAAUUACACUAUUUAAAUUAUUUGAAUCUUGUUUCCUUCAGUCUGAA